AGGGGAAAAGCAAAAUGAAGAACAGACAAAAUAGGGACAAGUUGUGUAGUCUUGUCCACACUAAAGAGUGUGUAUGAAAACUGAAAAGUGGACCCUUUAAUAUCUAUAAUAUGGAUAGAUAGCUAGAAAGAGAAGAAAAAGAUGAAGAGGAACCUGUCUCCUACAAGUACAUUCUACUUUGCUACUUCCUUUCCUUCCUUAUCAUCAUCUUCUGCUCACCUUCCUAAUCAUCCUUUUCCAUCUAAUCUAGUACCUCCCCAACUGCCUACCAAACCUUAACACAACACCCUCUCCCCCAUUAUAUACCCUGUUCUUGAUUCUUAAUUCCUAUAUAUAUAUAUAUAUAUAUAUAUAUAUAUAUAUAUUAUAAUAUCCGCACUCACUUCAUAAUUUGAAGAACCCUCUGAACACAACUAUCUUUUUUUCUUUCUUAUCCCUACUUCUUGAAUCUUGAGUAAUCUUGCAAUUUAUUGACAUAUAAGAACCAAGGCAUGGCUCGGUUUACAAGAAUGCUCACAGGCUUUGACUCUACCCCAGUAGCCGACCCACCGGAAUCUGUGAACGUUGAGUCUGAUUUUGUGGUGAUAUUGGCAGCUCUUCUAUGUGCAUUAAUAUGUGUGGUAGGGCUCAUUGCAGUGGCUCGGUGUGCCUGGCUCCGCCACAGUGGCAGUGCUUCUAGUUCUCCAUCUCAUGCUGCUGCUAAUAAGGGUCUAAAGAAGAAGAUCCUACAGUCUCUCCCCAAGUUUACCUAUGGCUCUGCAGCUGCUGCUGCAGCAGGUUCUUGUAAGUUUGCAUCGACAGAGUGUGCAAUCUGCUUAGGUGAGUUUGCACAGGGUGAUGAAGUUAGAGUCUUGCCACAGUGUGGACAUGGAUUCCAUGUUGGCUGCAUAGACACUUGGCUAGGAUCACACUCUUCUUGUCCUUCUUGCCGCCAGAUCUUGGUGGUGGCUAGGUGUCACACAUGUGGCCGGUUUCCGACUAUCUCCUCCUCCUCCUCAUGUGAUGGAGCCAACGCUGAAGCAGAUAGCAAGGCCAGGGAAAGAAAUAGUAAUUGUAAUGUUAAUGUCAGUAAUAAUAAUAAUCAACAUCAUACUGGGUUCUUGCCUUGACAAACCCCACAAGUAUUUUUCUUUUUUAUUUCUUUGGUCACUGACUUUCGCCAUUAUGUAUUGUACAGUUGAUUAGAGGUUUGAGACCCAUUUCAUAGCUUCAGGCCAGAGCUAAUUGCAGUAUUUAGUCUUAAAUAUAAGCUACUUGUUCAAGUUUGUCUUUGUACAUAAUAAUUUUACCCUUUUCUAAUAUGUUUCAUUAUAAUAUUUUCCUUCAAUUAUGUA